ACAUUUGAAGGUUCAGUUGAUGUGACCCUUGUUCUGGUCUGAAUAUAAACCAGGUCACUGCGGGUCAAUAAGUACCUACUUUUACUUUACUGUACAGCUGAUCUCCAUCACUGCCCCAGUCCAGCACUGAGUGUCCAGAACUCUCCCACCGAUCUGUUAUCUCACUUUGUUCUACAGGACGAUCCGCCAAAGCAGUAGGAGAACCGAGAGGAGAUGAAGGGAGCAGAUGGACAGGUGGAGGAGCGAGGGCACUGGGCCAGUAAAACAGAGUUUCUUCUGGCAGUGGCGGGGAACGUGGUGGGUCUGGGAAACGUGUGGAGGUUCCCCUACCUCUGCUACAAGAACGGAGGAGGGACGUUCCUAGUGCCGUAUUUGGUGUUUGCGGUGACCUGUGGGGUGCCCCUGUUCCUCCUGGAGACAGCUAUGGGGCAGUACACCCAGCAGGGGGGCAUCACAUGCUGGCAGCGUCUCUGCCCUCUGGCUGAGGGAGUUGGCUAUGGAGGUCAGAUGAUUUUGGUGUACAGUAGCAUGUGUUACAAUACUCUCCUGGCCUGGGCACUGUUCUACCUGGUGUUCUCCUUCAGCUCCCAGCUGCCCUGGGCCACCUGCAACAACACCUGGAACACAGAUCAUUGCAAUGUUGCUGUUAAAAACCUCACACUCAACUGGACGGGACAAAUGAAUUCAACAUCAGCGGCCACUGAGUUCUGGGAGCGCAGAGUGCUGGCCAUCUCUGGUGGAAUUGAAGAGCUGGGUAAGGUCAACUGGGAGAUCCUCCUCUGUGUGAUUGCAAUGUGGGUCAUCUGCUAUUUCUCCAUCUGGAAGGGCGUUAAGUCCACUGGCAAGGUGGUGUACUUCACAGCUACCUUCCCCUACGUCAUGCUGCUGGUGCUGCUGAUUCGGGGGCUGACUCUGCCAGGUGCCCUGCAGGGCAUCCUCUUCUACGUCUAUCCAGACCCCCAGCGCCUGACUGACCCUCAGGUGUGGAUGGAGGCAGGUACUCAGGUGUUCUUCUCAUACAGUGUAGCUGAGGGAUCACUUACUGUGCUGGGGAGCUACAACAAAUACAACAACAACUGCUACAGGGACUCGAUCUGGCUGUGUGUGUUGAACAGCUGUACGAGUGUCGUGGCUGGAUUCGCUGUGUUCUCAGUUCUUGGUUUCAUGGCUGAGCAGCAAGGAGCUACAGUGGAGGACGUAGCAGAGUCAGGACCUGGUCUGGCGUUUAUAGCGUAUCCUCAGGCGGUGGCGAUGAUGCCGUUACCUCAGCUGUGGUCUGUGUGUUUCUUCAUCAUGAUCAUCCUGCUGGGCCUCGAUACACAGUUUGUUGCCAUGGAGGUGAUCAUCACGUCGGUGACUGACCUGUUUCCAGCGACGCUCCGCAGAGCCGGACGGAGAGAACUCCUCCUCCUCCUCUUCUGCCUCUUCUGCUUCUUCAGCCAAAUGGUCAUGGUCACUGAGGGGGGGAUGUUUGUGUUUCAGCUGUUUGAUUAUUACGCCUGUAAUGGGAGCAGCAUUCUGUUUCUGGCUGUGUUUCAGUCUCUGGCUGUGGGCUGGAUCUACGGAGCAGACCAAAUGUGUGACAUCAUUGAAGACAUGACUGGGUCAUCCCCCAGUUUCAUCUUUAAACUGUGCUGGAAAUAUCUCACCCCCCUCGUUUCCAUGGUGUCGUUUAUCUGUUCUCUGGUGGAGUACAAGCCCCUGACCUUUAACCGCUGGUAUGUUUACCCCAACUGGGCGUACGGGCUCGGCUGGGCGAUGGCGCUCUCCUCCAUCCUGCUGGUGCCCGGCCGGGCGCUGGGUCUGCUGUGGGCAGGGAGACGGAACCUGAAACAGCGCUGGCUCCAGCUGUGUACGCCCGCCGCGGACCUGCCCCUAACCCGGAAGCAAAGGGCCGAGAUACAGGAAAUGACAUCAGCAGCAGAGACAGAGGGGCUAAUGAUAAACAACACAGAGCAACACAAACAAGCACAACAAUAAACAACUAACAGCUUGUGUUUCUGUAGCCCGUAUGAAA